GGAUUGUUUUAUCCGGCUUGUAGAGUCUUUGGCACGCAGCAGUGUUUUCGAAUAUUUGAAUGUGAGUGCGAAGUUACGAGUGAUGGGACGGGAAAUAAAGUGAAAAUGUGGACAGUAGGCGAAGUUGUUAAUGCACUGAUUACUUUCUGUAACUCUUUGAGGAAGCUUAUUCAAGUAACGCUGUGGCUUAGCUUCUCGGUAGGUGGUGUUAUUGUAGAGUUCAUCACGUUCGUUCUCUUCCAUGUGGGAAAUGUUUUAAUUACUUUAUUUGUCGUUCUCCAAGUGCUGUAUGAAGAUUUUAUUGUGUUUAUAAUUGAUUGUUCUUGGAAACUGAAGAGUGCGGCAAGUACUUUACUUUAUUUCUGGUCACAAAUAUUGCUCGUCUCCUCGGAAACUUACCAAAUUGCACGGAGGACCGCUGUGAGUUUACACGAUUUUGUGGUGUCUUGUGUCAGUGUUCUAUGGAGUUGUUUAAACAAGUUAUACGGUUUCAUCGUAUUUGUUCCAGAACUGCUGAAAGAGGCGAUUAUACUUAUAGGGUCCAGUGUAUGGUACUGUGUUCAGUUUGUACCGCUGUGCAUUGUAUAUUGUAUGGCAACUUCUGUUUAUGCUGUUGGCAGGUGCUACGAAGAGUUAACAUCCAUUGUUAGUGCUGCAUAUGAUGGUAUUAAUACAUUACUGUGGAGCGUGCUACUAUUUUUUACUGAUAUACCAUCAACAGCACUUCUUGGGUUGUUGAUCGCCGUAUUUUUAUCAGUGGCAUUUGUCAAAUACCAGGCACAGAUUUUCAGUUUUGCCCUAACUAUUAUUUUGUGUACUUUUAACUUCUUACGGUCUUUACCAGUCAGAAUUCUACAAAUGUUGCUGUCAACAGUUCGAAGAACAGUCAUUCGACGGCAGCCUGAGACAAACGUAUCUAGUGAUGAAUCGGAUAUCAGUGAGCAGUCUUCAUAUUCAACGCAAAGUCAACAGCCAGUUAGUUCCCGCUUGAGGCCAGCAGUGAAACUUCAUUCAACAGAAGCGAGUAGCUCCAAAGAGGAUUUGAUUAAACGACUACAAAGAGAACAAGAUAGUAGGCUGUGUGUAGUUUGUCAAGACAGGGACAAGUGUAUUGUGGUUCUGCCAUGCCAACAUUUAUGUCUGUGUGUACAGUGUGCUACUACAGUGCAUAGGGAGAAUGGGAAAUGUCCUAUUUGCCGGCAGCCUCUUAGAAAGGCAAUGAAAGUUUAUGUCAGCUAAAUGCCAGAUGAAUUUCUCAAAGUCAUAUGUUUCAUGUUUAAUCCAUAAGUCUCGGGGUGUGUAGCAACAUUCAGAACCUAAAGUAGCUGAUUUUGCUUUUACAGUUAAUUUGAAUAAAGUAAUAAACAUUUUU